AUGACAAAUACCACUACCAAAGUAUUGAACUUCGGCUCCUAUAACUACCUCGGAUUUGCAGAACCAUCCGGCCCAUGUGUCGAAGCUGAUGUAAAGUCAAUUGAAAAGUAUGGACUUGGUGUAGCUAGCUCCCGAUUAGAAGUCGGCACUUUGGCCAUCCAUGCAGAAUUGGAAAAGCUCGUUGCUGAGUUUGUCGGUCAAGAAGCUGCAAUUGUUUUUGGGAUGGGAUUUGCUACAAAUGCUCUCAAUAUGCCUCGCAUAUUUGAUAAGGUUCGUUACCUUUUGUUUUGA